GGGUGGUGUCGAGUAACGCUGACAUCAUCGAAGUCACGAAAGUCUCCUAAAAGGUGAUUUUGUGGCCUCACUUUACCACCUCUGUUCGCCCAAUAUCGAAAUCCCGCCCAAGUAUCCGAACGAAUGACGAUGUCGACAACACAGGUUCCCCUCGCCUUCGCAUCAUGCUCCAUCGGCUUGCCAAAACACACACUGCACCAAAAGAUCGAAGCCAUCCGCGCAGCAGGCUUUCAAGGCAUAGAACUCUCCUUCCCAGACUUGCUCUCAUACGCUACGCUGCACUUUGGCCGCGAUGUCGCCGAGGACGAUUACGAUACCCUCUGUGAGGCAGGAAAGGCAGUAAAGGAUCUCUGCAGCCGCCACGAACUUGUCAUCAUGGUCCUCCAACCCUUUGCAAACUUUGAAGGCUGGCCUGCUGGAAGCCGUGAGCGUCAGGACGCGUUUGCUCGCGCGAAAGGCUGGAUCAGAAUCAUGGAUGCCACAGGCAUUGAUAUGCUCCAAGUUGGUUCGUCCGACUCGGCGGGCAUCUCAUCCUCCUUUUCGGAUCUGGCAGCGGACCUCCGGGAGCUGGCCGAUAUGCUUGCACCACACGGCUUCAAACUUGCUUAUGAGAAUUGGUGUUGGGCAACACGGGCUCCCACAUGGAAGGAGGUUUGGGAAAUUGUCAAGAUGGUUGAUCGGCCCAACGUUGGACUGUGUCUAGAUACAUUCCAGACAGCUGGUGGGGAAUGGGGAGAUCCAACUACAGCGUCACGUCUCAUUGAAGGGGUCUCGGCUACAGACCUCACCGUGCGGUAUAAGGACAGUCUUGAAGAGCUGGCGCGCACGGUCCCGUCGGAUAAGAUCUAUUUCCUGCAGAUAAGUGACGCAUACAAGAUGGAUGAGCCGCUGGCAGAUGUGGUAGAACAAGGCCUGAGACCUAGAGGGAGAUGGAGCCACGACUGGAGACCCCUGCCAUAUGACGGGGGAUACCUCCCAAUCGUGGAGUUCGCUGAAGCAGUGCUCAGAACAGGUUUUAGGGGCUGGGUCAGUGUAGAGGUGUUUGAUGGCAAGUUUAAAGAAAAGUAUGGUGAUGACUUGAUGGGCUUCGCGCACAAGGCUAAGUUGGUUACCGACCAGCUGUUGGCAACGGCACUUGCAUCCGGUGAUAAAACGAAAUAGACACGAAUAGACCGGAAUUCGGCAAGGGUGGCGAUUGGUUCUCCUUGGUUUGUCGGCUUUGUCGUCGCGUCCCAAGUCCCUACCGGGAUGAGGGUGAAGCUUGUUUCAACCUGAACCCCACAUUUCGAAGCUGGCAUUCGCUAUCUCACAGAGACUCAAAGGCUGGACUGACAUCAUGCUCAUUUGAGAGUGAUAACAGUUUAGCUUGGCUUGCGUCCUCACCAUCUCACUCUUGAGAUAUGGUUGAAGCGAUGACGACGCCAGCCAGACAAACGCUGAAGACUUGGGGAUAUAAAGUCUGUCAAGACAUGAACAGUUGAAGGUUCUCAUCAAACACAUCAACGGGCUCAUCACAGAACAUUCAACCUCAACCAAGUUGUCACGCACAUGAUUUCCAUCCAAAAGAUCAAAGACCAGAAUUCAAAACACACUUCAACGUCUACUGCCACAAGUCAACAUCAGACCACCAACUGUCAGCAUACUUACCUUAAGCUGCAACAUUCACAAGUCAAAACACCAUGUGCUUCGGUUUCGGAUCUAAAUCAUCCCGUCGCUACGGGGGUGCCUAUGGCGCAGGACCCAGACCAGUGGUAGUCCAAAACGGCUGCGGGGGAGGACAUGGUUAUGGCGGCGGAGGAGGGUUUGGCGGAAUGAUGGGGGGCGGUCGAAGAAGACAUGGGCC